CGCCGUGUGCGGAGCUCGCAGUCGUCUCUCCCUUCGGCGAACGGAAACGCCCGGGGAGUCGUCUCCUGGACACGGGAAUUUUUACACGGCGUGCCCCCAACAGCAGCAGCAGCCGCCGAAGCGGUUCUCCACUCUUUUUGGCUUUUGUGCGUGUACGCCUUUAUGGUGAGCCGCCGCUGCCUGUGAUCGAAAACAGUCGCCCCCACUGGAUGCGAUCAUGAAGUGUGCUGCCCCUGUGCUCUUCGCUGCUCUAUGCGUCUUCGGAGUCACCGCCGCGCUCAAAGCCCCCCGGCUGGAGCACGUGAACGCGGAUGUGGGCUACCAUGCCAUCGUCAAGGAGAACAGCCGGAAUGUCGAGAUUAUGCCCAGGAUCAGGGUACUUGACGCUAAGGUGUGCCGCUUCCUGGUGACCAACAAGCGUCACGGCGAGGCGCCCUUCGAGGUUCGCAUCACCGACGAGGCGACGGGUAAGGCCGAGCUGUUCGCCAAGAAGGAGCUCAACUGCGAGAAGCACCGCAACUACAAGUUCGACAUCGCCGCCGUCGGCUGCAACGGGCUCGUCUCCGAAAAUGUGACUGUGCACCUGACAGUGGACGACGUCAACGAGUUCGCCCCUCGAUGGGAGGAGGAGUCCUACCAGGGCAGCGUGGACGAGGGCCGGCCGCCGCACGAGCGCGUGCUUCGGGUGCGCGCCCUCGACGCGGACUGCACCCCCAAGAACAGCGAGAUCUGCAAGUACGACAUCCUGGACACCCAUGUGCCCUUCUCCAUCGACUCUGAAGGCACCAUCUGGACCACGGAACCUCUGGACUGGGAGGCAAGCAGCAACCACAUCUUCCAGGUGGUCGCCUUUGACUGUAGCAUGAAGCAGAGCCACCCAGUCACUGUCACCAUCAAGGUCAACAGGGUCUGCAAGAUUGGAUGGAAAGGCAUGGAGGAACACGUGGAAUACACACCGGGAUCUGGUCGGAGGGCCCUGUUCCCAGAUGCACAACUGGAGUUGUGCGAAGGAGCCUGCGAACCUGAACAGCUGUCGACUCGUUUGACCCUGGCUACACGCCAUGUGGGCAAGGGUUGCGAUCGGGACACCUACUCAGUCGACUCUCAGAGAAAACUGUGUGGUGCCAGCUCAGACAGCGUAGACCUGCUGCCAAGCCCCGGUGUCGGAGCGGAGUGGACGCAGGGGCUGCCAACGGACGAGGGUCGUGAGAGUGACCAGAUAUACGAGUUUGACGGGGCCACCAAUGCCGUUGUCAUCCCCGAGUCCACCGUGUCGCACAACCUGACCAACGUCUUCACGGUGGGCUUCUGGAUGCGCCACCGUGCACCCACUUCCCACAAUGCCAGCCACCUCAAGGAACACGUACUGUGCAACUCCGACGACCACCGAAUGAGCAGGCACCACACAGCUCUGUUUCUGCGCAACUGCCGGCUGAUCCUGCUGCUGCGACGAGAGCCCACCCAGGAGCAGGCCAACAAGUUCACACCGGCCGAGUGGCGGUGGAAGACACCCGAGGUCUGCGACGACCGGUGGCACCACUACGCCGUCUCUGUCAACUUCCCCGAGGCAUCCCUUUACGUUGAUGGAAGGCCCUUCAAGGUGACGGCCAACAACCCUGAGAUCGUGGACGACUGGCCACUGCACCAGACCAAGAACAUCAACACCACCUUUGUUGUGGGAGCCUGCUGGCAAGGCAAGGACAACAAGAUGGCGUUCCACUUCCGUGGCUACUUGACCGGCCUGUCGGUUCUGAGGGGACGCACCGAGUCCCCCGACGUGCUGUCCUGUCUGCACCGUUGCAAGGAGUGGCUCGACAUUCCUCCUGCGGACUCGCAGGCUGCAGGAACGGAGGUGACAUCCAACUCUGAGCGCAGCGAAGUGACAGUGACGGCCCGUGAUCAGGACACUCUUGAGGACCUGGUGUCUCGCGUGGCCUACGUCAACUCACGUGACUUCCCAACACCAGGCCGUCGCACUGUUCAAGUGGCCACAACUGUCAUGUGCAGCAACGGUAAGGCACAGAAGGUUCCCCCGGUCGAGUCGUGGGUGACCAUUCUUGCAGCUGAGCAGCCAAGCAUCACCAUCAAUGGCACACCCAACCUGGCACGCGAGUAUGAACCUUUCAAGCAGGGUAUCGAGCUGUUCGCCUCCGUCUUCAUUUCGGUGGGCCGCGAGCGUCCGACUACCACCCAGGCCAGCACGGCUUCCUCGUCUUCGCAGGAGGACGAGGAUGAUGACGACGAAGAGGACAACCAGGUGUCGCCACCCGCCGCUUCCCAGCGGCCCGGACGGCUGGAUUCCUGCAGUGUGCAGGUGUACCCUCCGCUGAACCCGGACCACGAGCACUUCCAGCUGCCCUCGUACAUGAUGGCCCACCUGGGUAUCCACCACCGAGAGAGCAAAGACGGACUGGUCAUUUACGGAGCUGACAAGGUGCAGCACUACGAAAACGUGUUGCGACAGAUCCUGUACUUCAACAAGAAGCCUGCCUACUACCUGAAUCGUGCUUUCAAGCUGGUCUGCUCCGAGCUGAAUGGCCGCUUUGUCAGCAACGAAUACAUCCAGACGCUGACGGUGAUUCACCCACGGCCGGAGUCGCCAAGCCAGCACGAAACGGCGGCACCUGCCACUGGAGCAAUGCGCACCACUCCAGCCUCACCAUCGUCCUCACGGCCCGUGGCUCCAGCCGCACCUGCCAUGGCUGCUCAUGCGCAGGUAGCAUCGCACAGCGUCGAGGCCAAGCCAGCAAAGACACACGCAGGAAAAUACGUGGAACUGCUCGACGGCGGCGCAUCCGAGGCACUGGCCAAGAGCUCUGCGAGCCAUGCAGUGACCAUCAUCAUAGUGGUGUGUGUUGGCUUCCUGGUGUUCAUGAUUGUGCUCGGCGUGAUCCGCAUUCGCGCCGCGCAUCAGCACCAGCAGCACCGGCAGGGCAGUUCACGCCUUCGCUCAGGGGACGAUCAGGACCAGGAAAUGGCCUGGGACGACUCCUCACUCACAAUCACCGUGAACCCCAUGGAUCAAAUAACCGAGGAGCGGGAAAGCCGCCGCAGCGUGGGCACCAGCGCCGGCAGCGGGGGUAGCAACGGUCGCCGAGCCACGGCCGAGGAGGACGACUCGGACAGUUCGGACGACGGCAGCAGCUACCACGAGGAGAGCGAGGAGGAAGAGGGGGCUCCCCCCGAGAAGGCCAAGGCCAAGGGGGACCUCGAGUGGGACGACUCGACCCUUACCUUUUAGAGAGAGAACGGAGAGGGCGUGCCGCCAAGGCAGCAUGGGUCUUGCAUGCCCACCACAGUGGUGAAGGAGGCAACAGUCCCUUCUCUUUUAUUCGUUUUUUUCUUGUCGUUGGCCUCCCUCAAGGUCACUGUGAUCCGUAACGCCUUAGCAAUCCCGGAGCCCGAGCAGUGCUUCGAACGAGGACACUUUGAAUUACACGGAAGAGCAAGCGUGUGCAGGCCUUCCUUCCUUCCUUCUUUCCUCCUUCGUGCAUCAUCCUGCUUGCAGCACUGUUCGGUGUCCGUAUCGCAUCCAGACUAGCCCGGGUGGCUCAGCGCACCGUUUCAUUUCCCAGUCGCACUGCGACCGCGGCGCAACCACAAAGGAUGCAGAAACGGAGGGUGGCCCUCUUUUCGUUCGCGCCGCCGUCGCAGCAUGGUUUCAUAUCGAAGGCGUUGCGGAUCACGAGCUAGCUCCUACAGCUGCAAUUGUUACAGCGAUACAGAAUGCGACCUAGUGUGCUGACCGGGAGGGGCUUACACAUCAGUGUCUUUCUCUUCUUCAGCCGAAAAAAAAAAAAAAGAGAGGAUGGCACCGCUUCUCGGCGUGGCUGGCUGUCUGACUCAGUCUGGCUCAGUCUGGCUGAUUCCUUUGGAAAGUUAGUGACAAAUGACGCAUGAGUUGCGAAUGCAUGCCGCAGCAUUGCAAACAGCUACGUUCGGCACUCUCAAUUUCUUGUUUCUGUGAAAAGCUGUUCAGAGAAUAUCGCCGUGAGCUCGGGAAGUUUCUUGCAGAAGCGCACCCUCGGUUGAGUGGCCCACUAGGUAGGAUUCUAAUUGCUGUACCACGAUUUUGUCAGCUUCUCCUCUCGACACAGAAAAAGUGAAGAACCUGUCUCACUCUUUCUCCCUUGGCUUCUUUUUUGAAAACUGGAGUCUCUACUUCGUGCUGCUCCCGUAUGUGAGUGACCCCUGCUCUGUGCGCACUCACUGUCCGGUGAAAAACACGUAACACUGAACAGAGGCUGAGGUAGCGCACAGUGUUUUGGCUGAAGCAAAAGAGAAGCCAUAAGACAGCAUGGGUAGGAAGCCGCGGAGCUCUUUAGCACGUAACAGUUUCGGUUUUACAAAACAGUCGGGAUUUGCUCUGCGGAGUGUGAAUUGGUGUGAAGCACACGCACUAGUCGCAGAAGGAAUGGUAAAAAAAACGCCUGUUAAUUGGUUUCGUUGUUUAUAUCGGGCACGCAAGGAACUGCCCAUUUCAUUCUGGCAGAAAUUUCAUUGGCUUCACGCGAUGCCUCCAUUUUCUGAAUUGCACGCCUUCGAGGUUGUCUUUGCAUAGCGGAACAUCUGCACUUUUCAGGUGCCGCUGUGCAGGGAAGCCAGUAUUUCACCUCACUCUGAAUGCACACAUUUCGUGGCCCCUUUACAUGGUGCAAAGCUCCGUUUUACGUCUGAAAAUAGAGAGCGGUGUGUCCGCUCGCACACGUACGGCCCCCCCGUACGUAAUAUACAGACUCAUACUGGACCACUAAGAGUUCUGGUCCCCACUUUUAUUUUUUUGUCCUUUUACCAACCUUGUCACCGUUCCCUUGGCUGGCAAGAAAUCUCUCUCUAAUGCUUCUCCGUUGCGCAAGAGCACUACCGUGUGCAGGAAAUUUGUCGUAGGGACUGUUGGAAAUAUGACCGGAAACUUUUGAUUGUUCCCAUUAGCCGUCAGUGACGGAUCGUAUGCAUGCGAGACUUGGUCAGCCCGUGAGUCGCCAGAAACAUUGGGAGUUUCCGGCUGGCUUGAAUUCAGAGCUACACAAUUGUGGCUUGCAUCACGAUUCGAGGCAAGCCUGGAAAAAUACUUUUUUAAAAUGGAAGACAGCUUGUGGCGCUUGCUGCUGCCGGGUCAUCUUGUGCAUUUCGUAUCCGUUGCGUUGAAAGUUUCAGCCGGAAGGAUGUGCAGUCUGUGUACCUUUUUAAGAAGCUCGCAAUCUGGUCGUUGAACGGUUGUAACUUUUUUUUCUUUCUUUGUUCUUCAGUUCAAUCUGCCUGGCUGAAGGGAAAGAACUUUUUUUUAUGUUGGCAUAGCUGGCAGUCUGCAGUAGAAAGAGCGUUGAAUUAGUUCAUCUGACACAAACAUUUCAAAGAAUUAAUUCACAGCUGCGCUGCCAGCCAGCAUUUUUUUAACAAUGUCAGGCGUAACUUGUAAUCUGUCAGUGUUACGUUCUUUCCUCGCUCCCCUCAGUUAAGUCAUUUUUGCCUUCUUUUCUCGGUAUUGUUCCUCUAAAAGUCAGGACUGAUCCCGAGAGUGUGGGGGUCCUUCUUGCCAUCCCCCCCCCUUUUUUUUCGUCUUGAGUCUUUUUCUUUCCAUUUCAUAUUUAUUUGUGAAUGCUCUAACUUCUGGCAACGAGCCAAAGAGCACAUUUUCUGUUACGAGUGAACAUUACGUUUUUUUUUUCUUUCUUCAGAGUGGCAGUUUACGUCGGGUGUAGGGUAAUUUUACGUGAAGUUCGAAGAACUGCAAAACACAACGCGUGAAACGCGAUGCAUCGUACAUGUCGUUUGACACCAAGUGCUAUUUAUAGUUGCACACAGGCUCACAGAAAGCUGUGCAGUUUUCUUUUCAAAAUGCCAGAUGCACCGUUCCUAGUGUGAGGUAGGAGCCACAGACAGCUGGGCAACGUAAAUUUUACGUCGUCUGAGGCUACAUGCCAUUGCGCCCUGGCUCCAGCUUCUACGACUUCAUUUUGGAUCAGGUACUUGUAGAGUUCGACGAUAUCUCGAAUGAAUAUAAGACGGCACGAGGGUCGAGGGGAAGCUGUAAACAAAAGCAUUUGUACUUUUCAAGUUUCUACCGUCGUAAUGUGUCUUCUCUCUGCAAAUGUGCAUGCGCUUACACGUAGUAUAUUUACGCUAAAUUUUUCUACGGCGAAUACCGAUGAAACACCAGGCAAACGAUUGACGGCAGUAUCGUGUUGUUGGUGUUGCGACGUCAUCGGCCUCUUUGAUGCUGUCCGAGGGAGCCUUAAUGGUUUAUUACGCUUACUCAUGCCUGCUCCCUUCUUUUUUUUCACUUUCCCAUUCUUUUUUUGUUGUUGUUUUUUUCUAUCCCAUGCUGGUUUGUCAAGAAUAGACCGUGAAACAUUGGUUGUGGUUGGCUGUGCCGAAGUGAAAAGAAGGGUUAAGUACGUCGUUUCAGUGAAUAGCCACACUGCUUGGCAACGAGCAGGCGCAUCUUUCAGAUCUGACUGUGACGAGGCAGCCAAGUUGCAUACAUAGGCACACGCUCGGAGGUUUUCAGUGUGUCGAAUUGCAUGCUUUUGUAAGCCCUUCCAAAACACACACAGGUGCAUUUGUUAAAACACUCUUGCCGCACGUGCGGGCUGAUGCACGUGCCUCAAGGCCCUCAUUUCUUUCCCUAAUGUUCAUUAUUUCAGUAAUUCGGUAAAAAUGUUUAGAAGAUUUGUAGGAUCACUUGAAUAUGUUAUACAGUCUGCUUUGUGCAGAUUUUUUUUUUGCUUCAAGGCCUUCCGUAACAUGUGGGCCGCAACAAUGUCAUAAAUCCAUUGCCUGCCUGAGAACUGUUUUCUUUUUACUGCGUUGCACUCGUCUCGUUUGCUUCGUACCUCUGCAGGUUGCAGGGAAGAUGAAACUUGUGGAGAUGUGCGCACUUUAGUUCUUGUGUCAAACUUCCGGCACCGUUCGUAGCUUUAUGUGCCCUAAAAAUGCACAUGAGGUGCUUGUUAAUUACAGUUUCUCGUUUUGAUCAUGUAGGGGUUAACGGAAAUAGUUUUCACACAAUGCAAAUGUGUUUUGAUAGAAACGGUGCCCUUAUCCUUUCUUUAGAACAAUGAAAUGUCUGUUUUUUUCUUUCGAACGAGUAUUUGUUUACGGCUUAUCAGUAGCUUAUUUUUCAUGCCACCAUCACUCCUUUCUUUUGGCAGCUUCCAUUCUUUAUUUCUUAUUUUACUUUCAACUGAAUUGCGGCAUUUUUUUAAUGCCCGAGAACAAAUUUUUUUUUAAAUGUUUUGUGAACCAUCGUUAGCAAAUCCGGCACAGUCAGUCACGAACGGCGGCCACUGUUGGCCAAUUACUGGAGCUUGUGCUAUGUUCACUGUGCAUUUCUAAGUUUCAACAUCACGUAAUUGCCGUACUUUCUCACAUAUGACCCACCCCUGCGCCCCAUCUACAACCAGUGCAAGAUUUUUUCAAAAAUCACCACGUAUUGACGUGAAUCCAGCUUCUUUGCAUCGGCAUGAAGCAUUGGCUGUGAAGCCACCUUGCGCAAUGCAAUUCGCGUAUAACUCGCGCUUCCGACUUCACCUCCUGAAUUGUCUGUAUCCUUUGUGCGGGCUAUAUGCGAAAAAAUACGGUAGUGGGGCCCCUGCGGCAUUGGCGUGUGACGACCUGCAGCACGGUGCAAGUCUACGCGCUGUACUUGAAUGUGGGUUUAAAUGACAAGUACCGUGCUUUCAAAUGCACCUCCACUGGGUUAAGUUGGCGUGAUUUGUCGCAAAUGUAGCCUUUUCGAAACCAACAUCUGUGUGCAAAGAAAAAAAAUGUUUCAUCAUGUUAUCACCCUUUAUCCGAGUGCCGGUGUCACUUGAGUAACGUGAACAAAUGUGUCGCUCGUAGCUUUGCAUCUUUUCUUGUUAUUUGUACUUUAAGGUUCUUCAGCUGGGACAGUGCUUUUAUUCGCAUCUUUUCUGUGAAUCUUCUUCUGCCAUGUUGUAGGGUGUCAUACUUCAGCUGUUAUGUAUUUGAGCUGCACUUGUUGUCAUCAUCCAGUAGGACAUUUUUUAGGGUUUUUUGCACGUACACACACACACACACACACAAAGCACUGCUGUUUAUUGUCCUUCACAUUUGUUGUUUUUUUUUUAAUGCAUGUUUCGCUUUCUCGAGCCUUCGAGGGUUGUUUGAGAGUGUAUGGAACGUUGGGGGACGACGACAAUAGCGCAAGCGUUUCUUGUUUUGUCUGAGUUGCUCGUUGAGUUGUUCUUUGUUACUUGCAGCGGUCUAGGAUGUGCGCCGUUCCGCGCGUUGACAGCUCGAGGAAGCGAGACCUUUUUACCGUGCCAUAGUGCAGACGACUGCUGAGUUCAAAUAUACUUGUCAUGUAACGGAGCUGUUAAGAAAAAACUACAGCCACGUGAAAGUCAGCCAUUUAGGGCGCCUUUCUCCGUUUACGUUCUUUCGAUUAGCUCGUCAAGGUGUUCGCCAGAGUACAGGUUCUGUAUACUAACAUUUUAUUAAUUUCACCCACUGCCUGCGCAACGUCACAGUGUCUUUUUCCAUCACUAUCAUGUUGACGAAAACCGUACCCUUAAAGCCUGCUUACUUUUCUUUUUGUGCGUACGAAGGCCUCUAAGCAUUGAUUUCGGUGUUGGCAAUCUGUGUUGUCAUACGAGUGCACUUACUUACGCCUGCUACACUUGGCCUCGAUUCGAGAGUUGGGGCUGCGUUUAUUUCGCCACAGAAGACACUUCGUAGAGCGCUAAACGAGGAAGCAACAUAUCUACUACAUUACCAGCCUGGCUUUUCGCUGAACGUCCCCCGAGCACGAAGGAAGAGUAGCCGCCUGUUGGAGCAGGCGACGUGAAUUUUUUGUUUUGUCGGUUUUACGAGGCACUCUUGCUUGGCUGUUUGAUGUCUGUGGUCGUUGUCACCACCUUGAGUUGACUGUUUUGCGCGUAGUGACGACAUCUAACCGUCGAUGGUCACCAGUAUCUGGAGCCUAAGCGAGUUGCCGCUUGUAUAAAUGCACCAUUGCCCUAUCCCCCACAUGCCCCCUCUCACUUGUUGCCCGAGGUCCUCUAUUCCGUAAUGUUUGCUAUCGUACGUAUCAUCCAGACAGAUUCGCUCGACUGCUGGCCCCAGCGGGGAGUCAGGAGCAUUUUGCGGUGGAAGCGCGUCGUGCCGCACCUACCAGGUCGGGCGCAUGUUGCACGGUUCGCUCCGAGACGCGACUCAAAAGCGAUGAAAAACUGCGAGUCGUCACUCUUUCACUUUGGUAACAGGGGGUGCCUUCUGCAUUAUCAUUUCUCUAGGGCUGCAACAAGUAGUAGUGUUGCCGAGAAUCUGUACGCACGUACGCAAGAGCAUUCUUAAGAAACAGUGUGAGUGUGCCCAGUACUACGCGACGUGCUUGCACCGGUAAUGCCGCCGAGAGUCGAUGCCGGGGCCAGCAGGACGUUGCAAAGAGGUCUCGCUUUUCAGUGAAAUUGUGCCACAAAUUAUUACAUUCUUUUUUUUACAUAUAACCUUCGCAUAUUUUAGUUGUAUUUUGGCAGCUGGUACAUGUACCUAUAGGGAAGAAAGAGACGGCAUUGCCUAUUGUGUAGUCUACACAUUUUCUGCCCUCACCCCUCCCACUUUUGUAUUUCUUGUGUUUGUACUUAUCGUAUGCUCGAGAGUCAAAACUGAGACAUUCCAUUAAAAGGCUAAGAGAAAAAGAAGCGCCGUUUUUCGUUUGUUUGGCAGGGAGAACCAUUUUGGUAUGCUACAGUGCGAACCGUGGGAGCUUCAGGCUCCUUUUUUUUUUGCAGCGUACGGGAUCGACACACCAGUCCCCAACUUGAAAGAAAAAAAAAAACAGAGGAAUGUGCCGUAUCAUUUUUUUUCUUUUUCUCUGAGAGUGAGUGUGUCUUCUGUCCUGUACAGCGUGUCAUUCGUGAUAUGUAUGUAUAAAUAUACAUAUAAUAUAAUAAUGCAAAUUGUAGUCUCUUGUAGGAAAAAUCCUCUUGAACUGACAAAUAUUCUGUACCAGCUGAUCACUUUGAUUGCAAUAAAUACCACAUGGUUGUCCCA